CCCCCUGAUCCUAGAGGAAUGUCGGAGCUGUAUGAUUUAAAAAUAGCACCAACUCCUCUCGGCAUUGACAGUCUGCGCGGCUAACUCUCGCAGCACUGUGGAGCGAGACACCGGAAUCCGAAGAUGGCUACAGAUCUGGGAGAGCUCCUGGUUCCGUACAUGCCCACCAUCCGAGUGCCCAGGACGGGAGACAGAGUCUUCAAAAGCGAAUGCGCCUAUUCCUACGAUUCUCCUGAGUCUGAGGGUGGUCUGUAUGUGUGUUUGAACACCUUCCUGGGCUUUGGCAGAGAACAUGUGGAGAGACAUUACCGCAAAACUGGACAGAGCGUUUACAUGCACCUAAAACGCACAGUUAAGGAGAAACCCACAGGAGCAGCAGGAGGUGCCGUGCCCAGGAGGAGGAACGGAAAAGUAUUUUUAGAUUUAGAGCUUAACCGAGAUUUUAACGGGGAGGACUACGAGUAUGAGGAUGAGGCCAAGCUCGUCAUAUUCCCAGACCACUACGAAAUCCCUUUACCUAAUAUCGAGGAGCUCCCUGCUCUGGUGACCAUAGCGUGUGAUGCGGUGCUGAAUGCUGCCUCGGCGUAUAAGAAACAGGAACUGGACUCAUGGGAGGAGGAGAUCCAGGUGUCCAAACACGCCCGCAGCCUCCGACAGCAGGACAAUGACAUCCGCAUCCCCCCCAGCGGCUGGAAGUGUUCCAAGUGUGAGAUGCGGGAGAACUUGUGGAUGAAUCUGACGGAUGGUUCCGUACUGUGCGGGAAGUGGUUCUUCGAUGGCAGUGGAGGGAACGGGCACGCACUGGACCACUACCGCGAGACCAACUUCCCCCUGGCCGUCAAACUGGACACUAUCACACCAGACGGAGCAGAUGUUUACUCGUUUGAGGAGGAAGAGGCAGUGCUGGACCCACAGAUAUCAGACCACUUGGCACACUUUGGAAUCGACAUGCUCAAAAUGACCAGGACAGAGAAUGGCCACACUGAUAACCUGGUACAGCGGCGGGUGAGCGAGUGGGAGGUGAUCCAGGAGGCGGGGCUUAAGCUCAAGGCCGUCUAUGGCUCUGGCUACACCGGCAUCAAGAACCUGGGCAACAGCGGCUACCUCAGCACCACCAUGCAGGUGCUCUUCAGCAUCCCCGAGUUCCAGAGGGCGUACGUAGGAAAUCUGCAGAGGAUCUUUGACUACGCUCCUCUGGAUCCAACACAGGACUUUGGCACACAGAUGGCUAAGCUGGGACAUGGUCUUCUCUCUGGACUGUACGCCAAACCACCAAUGAAAUCUGAGCUCAUUGAACAGGUGAUGAAAGAAGAAUACAAGAAACAACAGAAUGGCAUCUCCCCGCGGAUGUUUAAAGCGCUGGUCAGCAGGGGCCACCCUGAGUUCUCUUCCAACCGACAGCAGGACGCACAGGAGUUCUUCCUGCACCUCAUCAACCUCGUGGAGAGGAACAGCGUGGCCUCUGAGAACCCGAGCGACGUGUUCCGUUAUCUGGUGGAGGAGCGCGUGCAGUGUUGUCAGACGCAGAAGGUUCGCUACUCACAGCGCGUGGACUACCUCAUGCAGCUCCCCGCCCCUCUGGAGGCCGCCUCCAAUCGAGAGGAGCUGUUGGCGUACGAGGUGAAGCGGCGCGAGGCGGAGGAGGGCGUGAGGGUGGCUCCUGACCCGGUCCGGGCGCGGAUCUCCUUCAGCGCCUGCCUACAGGCCCUCACAGAACCGCAGAACGUUCCGGACUUCUGGAGCUCAGCUCUGCAGGCCAAAUCAGCCGGAGUCAAGACGUGCCGAUUUGCCUCGUUUCCAGAGUACCUCGUCGUCCAGAUCAAGAAGUUCACCUUCGGAGUGGACUGGGUGCCAAAGAAACUCGAUGUCUCCAUAGACAUGCCAGACUUCCUGGAUCUGAACCGGCUGCGUGCAACGGGCCUGCAGAGUGGAGAGCAGGAGCUUCCUGAGCUCACACCACCAAUCGUCAUUCCUGAAGACUCUAGAGACAACUCCAUGAGCAACUCCACAGACUCUCCAGAGAUAGACGAGUCGUCGGUGAUGCAACUGGCGGAGAUGGGCUUCCCCCUGGAGGCGUGUCGCAAGGCGGUCUACUACACCGGAAACAUGGGCGCUGAGAUGGCCUUCAACUGGGUCAUAGCACACAUGGAGGAGCCUGAGGGGUCUGAUGCUAAUGCUAGCCAGGAUGCUAGUCAGGAGGAUUUUGCGGAGCCUCUGGCAGUCCCCUCGUUCUCGGAGCCGGACCUGCUGGGCCCCGCUCCGACCGCAGGAUCUCCACUGGACAACCAGCCGCCAGAGGAGAGCAUCGCCAUCCUCACCUCCAUGGGGUUCCCACGCCAUCACACCAUCAGAGCUCUCAGGGCCACAAACAACAACCUGGAGCGUGCCCUGGACUGGAUCUUCACACACCCUGAUAGUGGGGAGGAGCCAGAGGGCGUGUCUGACAUGGCUGACACCGAGCCUGAUGACCACGCCCCCUCCAGCGUCAACGGCAACAGUGACCCCACCCUCUCCCCCGACACAGAUGCCUCAGGCCCACGAAUCAAAGAUGGACCUGGACGAUAUGAACUGUUUGCUUUUAUCAGUCACAUGGGCGAGUCCACCAUGUCAGGUCACUAUGUGUGCCACAUUAAGAAGGAGGGCAGGUGGGUGAUCUAUAAUGACCACAAAGUGAGUCUGUCGGAACGCCCCCCUAAGGAGCUGGGCUACAUCUACUUCUACCACCGGCUGUCCAGCUUCUAGAUCCCACCCCAUCCCCACACACACACACUCAGACUCUCUCAUACACACACACACACACACACACACACACACACACACACACACACACACACACACACACACACACACACACACACACACUCACUGUCCCCAGGAAGACCAGGGUGGAGGGACAGAGAGUGCAAGGGAAUCCCUCCCACUCGGACACACCAGCAGAGUGACUGAAACCACAUGGGUGUGUGUGUUUGUGUGUGUGUGUGUGUGUGUGUGUGUGUGUGUGAGAGAGAGAGAGUGCGUGUGUCAGAUAUGUAUUGUAAAGGUGUGUGUGUAUAUUGUAAUGGUGUGUGUGUAUGUGUGUGUGUGUGUUGUAAAGGUGUGUUUUCUCCCACCAGUACUGUAUCUCAUAUCUGAGUGUCUUUUGAAAUCUCUGUCUGCCUUGAGCUUGUGGUGCCAGUAUUUCUAAACUGCCCCUCCAAUAAAGGGCAACCACACACUGCCAGCCUGCUAAUGCCCCUGCCAUUUCACCCUCUUUGGGUGGUACACACACAUACCAUCCACACCUUACUCAAACCUUACAUACUGUAUCAUCUCUACACACACACACACACACACACACACACACACUCACUCACUCACACUCACAGUCCCAGCUGGCCAUGGGCUCACAGGCGCUACAGCAGAGGGGAGAUGCCUAUGGCUGCCCUACUCUCCACAGCCUGUAGGGGGCACCACUCUCAUGCAUUGGCUGUUCUCCCAGCUGAGCCCUCCCAUCUCAGACUAGCCCAGUCAGAGCUGAGUUUUAGUUUGAUUGGCAGGUGACCCCACAUAAGAAAGUGUGUGGAGGACAGUAGGAAAGCGGUUACCGCGGAGACAGCCAAUCAGUGUCCCCGAGCAGCAGGGCUAGCCCCAGCAGGUGGGCCUGACUGUGGUUUUGAGGUGCAUUACGCAACUCCCUCUCCAAAGGCAUUCUGACGUCAGGACUCUCUCUCUCUCUCUCUCUCACACACACACACACACACACACACACAUUACUCAACCGACCCUGAUUCUGUAAAAGGCAUCAGCACCCUGUGGAGAUUAGAAUGUUGUUCUACACUGUGUCUCACACACACACACAAACACACACACACACACACACACACGCACACAUAUAUAUACUAUACACACUCUAUACACACAUAAACAUCCAUUGCUGAAGUGCUGGCUUGGCUGUUGCAGAUGUGUGAAUGUAAACCCUCUUCACAUUCAGGUGUUCUGGUACCUAGAGGGUUAGUGUCUGUUAGUUUGUUUGUAUAGUGUGGUUCUCCAGUGGGGAAUAUUCUGUAUCGGUCUGUGGUUCUCCAGUGGGGAAUGUUCUGUAUCGGUCUGUGGUUCCCCCAUGGGGAGUGUUCUGUGUGUGUUCUAUGGUUCUGUAGAGAGGAAUGUUCCAUUUAGCUGCUUGGUUACAGUGCUGGGUUCCAGUGGACCUGGCAGGCAGCUGCGUAUCCAUGGUGACAGGAUCUGCCUUGGGUCCCAAGGAUUCUAGGAUGGCAUCUGGAAGCCUUUCACAUCUCAUAGAGUCUACUCACACUGGCUCAUUGCAAUAACUGGAUUUAAUCCUGAUGUCCUUGAUUGACAGCUCUUCUCUUGUGUACUGCACAUAUGCAUCUGGAAAACACUAGUCUGGUUUUACUUUGCACUACAUGUACUGUACGGAGCUGGAGGUGAUGUGUGGCUAUGCUAACGUGUGACUAUAAUGUACAUACAGCAACGCAGUCUAUUAGCAACGCAGUUUGUUAGCAAUGUUGCAUGUUAGCAGUGAAGUCUGUUAGCAACCCAAUCUGUUAGCAAUGAUGUGUGUUAGCAGUGAAGUCUGUUAGCAAUGCAGUCUAUUGGUAAUGCAGUCUAUUAGCAAUGCUGUCUGUCAGCAAUGCAGUCUGUCAGCAAUGCAGUCUGUUAGCAGCCCUCCUAGCAGUCACCUGAAUGUAUUUUUCCCUGUGCUCUUGACUGAAGCACUACAACUUUAAACUCUUUCUCUCACACACACACACACCACACACACACACACACACACACACACACACACACACACACACACACACACACACACACAGCCUAUGCAGCUGAGAGUUCUAAACUUAAUGCAAUGUCUCAAACUCAAAGACCCUCUUGAUCACAUAAACACACACACACACACACAAACGCUGUCGUGGCUGUACUGACCUCCUAUUCUCUAUCUUUGGGGAUGUUUGUCUGUUUUGCCUUAUGAGUGUUUCUCUCCUUUUCUGUCUACCAUCGCACAGGGCUUUCUCCCUCUCCCUCUCCCUCUUUUCUUAUCCCCCUCUUUUCUCCUUCCUUCCUUUCCCAGUUGAGUUCUGGAUUGUGCAUCACUGAUGGUAUUAUUGCAUACUGGAUCUAUGUGUGUGUGUGUGUGUGUGUGUGUGUGUGCACUGCAUCCUGUAAGGUUUAGGGCUGAGGCCAGCCGGCCCCUGGGUACUACAUGGGCCUGUGUGUGUGUGUGGGCCCCUGGGUACUACAUGGGCCCGUGUGUGUGUGUGGGCCCCUGGACACUCCACGGGCCUGUGUGUUGGAAGCGUCUGGUGGCUCUUUCAUAUCUUCUCUUACAUGAAACUGAAUGUUCAAAGGUACACCUGUUUUUAUUUACUUAUAUUUUUUUUGCAAAGAAGUUUGUGCCAAUUCUGUAGUUACCCAAAGUGUUUUAUUUAAAGUUGAUUUUUUUGUAAGGUCUGUGUUUUCCUGUCCUGAUGUCUGUGCAGACGGAACGCCGAGGCCCCGGCCCAGCUCUGGGUGCCAUGGCGACCUGUCGUGUUGGGAUAGGUGAAUAAACAGCAUUAUUGAUA